UAGGAUGUCGCGAUAUGGACCAGAAGAUCCUUCUGUAUUGCAUUAUCAGUACAGUCAUAUAUCACGCAAGGCGUGGGCAGGCGAGGAAACAACCUCUUUCAAUAUUCGGCGCUUUGAGGGACAUUUCUGGGAAAUCGAUAAUCAUCACAGAGGCGUGAUUGAUUAUGUCUGUAGAUUUGGUUUAGGUGGAGUUCUUUUCUGUGGUAAGGCUCUGGAUGUAGAUCAUGCUUUGAUCACAGCAUUGGUUGAGCGUUGGAGGCCAGAGACACAUACAUUCCAUCUUCCCGUAGGGGAAACUACCAUUACAUUACAAGACGUUCAAGUAUUAUGGGCUUUACGUGUAGAUGGAGUACCCUUCACAGGAAAUGGGUUUUGUGAAACUGGGUGGAGGGGUUUAUGUGAAGAGCUCUUGGGCUUCUAUCCCCUUCAAAACGAGAUGAAGGAAAGCGGUAUCUUGGCAUCCGCGCUAAUACAUAGGAUGAUGAUUGAACCGUUAGAAGAUGGUCUCGAAGACGAAGCCUACAUUCAACGGGCACGUAUGAUUGUGCUUGUGCUAUUGGGAGGGUUGAUAUUACCCGACAGCUCAGGGUGUAAGAUACCUCUCAUGUGGUUGACCCAACUUCGAGAUGUAGAGGCUGCCUCUAUGAUUAGUUGGGCGAGUGCUGCACUUGCUACAUUAUACCAUAAUCUUUGUGAGGCGUCCAUGUGCAAAAGGACAGACAUUGGAGGUCCGACAGUGCUCCUACAGCUUUGGGUGUGGGAGAGAAUGCCCACUUUGAGACAGGAUUUUGUAUCGGCACGUAUACAUACAAACAACACUCCUUGUGCAUUAAUGUGGACUGGCUCCUAUAUGAUAAACAGAGCCCCCAAACAUUCUGUCCGACAUUAUCGUGAACAGUUAUCUUUACUCCAAAAUAGCCAGUUUAUUUGGAUGCCCUACGUGGACCGUCAAUUGCCAGACUCCUGCCUCGAGAUGAACAACAGUUGGAGAUCUGUGACGUACAUGGUUUGUUGGGCUAUUGUCGAAGCACAUGAGCCUGAGCGCGUGGUUAGACAAUUUGGAGGCACGCCGUUCAUCCCGGAAUUGCGUGAUUGGGGUUUCAAUGAAAAUCACUUCAAAACCAAUCGUCGUGGAAAGGCUAAGACGAACUGGGCUGUGCAGAACAAGGCCUACAUCCAACAUUGGGAGAGAAGGUCGCAGUUUGUUACUAAUCAUUACAUGGAGCCUCUUGCAGACCACGUGCAGGUGAUGAGAACUCGACAAUACAUGGAGUGGUAUUUUAAAAUUACCAUUACAUAUAUCACGCAGCCGGGUAGGCUUCCAGAAGUAGGGAUGAACACUGUUGCAUCAUCAUCUACACUCCAAGCGGAGACAUUGGCACGUGUAUUUCAUAUGUCGCGCGGUUUUGACCCAGCAAACGCCGUAGGAUUGUUGCAUGAGAUUAACAGUCUUGCUCUUAACUGCCUCACCGAGUGCAGUGAGAGUGAACGCACAGUCAUACCUUCCACACAGCGCACUGAUGUGGAUAUGUCCCGGGGGUUUAUCCGGAGAGCUCGCGGUGUUGGUCAGAGAGGUGUCCGAACAGGCGGGCAUGGUUAUUCACGGCAUUUCAGAAUGUCCCAAGACAUGCCAGGGUCCUUACAAGCCGGAAAUGAAGAAAAUGUUAAUUCGGAUGACAACAUAGAUUUGGAUACAUUAAUCGACAAUUUUGCUGCUGAGCCCGAAAUGCAACAUCCACCGGCACUUGAUCCCUCUAGUUGGUUUCCUACCUGGUCGGACGCGCCACAGUCUAGUUGGGUGACUCCCUUUGAUAGAGUUGGGCUACCAUGGCAGCCUACUACACAGGAUUCAUUCUUCUCAGGUGUCCAUAUCGUGCACUCUCCAACAAAUGAGGAAUUGGAUGAUGAUGCGGCUGAUGAUGAUGAUGACGAUGUUGAUGAUGCUCUUGAGAGUUUUGCACAAUUGGAGCGUCCCAGAAGUAGUGCCUACAUAGAGCGCCCCACGAGGAGAGAACAUAUUGACCCUCCUAGGAGUAGUGUACAAGUUGAUCGCCCUAGUAGUAGUGCACAUACGGCCCCUCCCGACAAGGAACGCUCCAGGCCAAGUUUGUCUCAGACAAUUAUGGGCAUGUUCCCACGUAGAAGGUCUAGCCGUGACAACAGAGGAAAAGGUCCGAUUAAAUAUACACCAUCGUCAUUUAAGUAGUCAGUUAUCAUGAGAUAUAUUGUAUACUUAUUACAUGUGGAUUGUGAUUUGUAUUUUUCGCGC